AGACUUUGCGAUACACAAUUUUGGUGUACAUUGCGCAAAAGGAAGCAUAUUUUGCUUCACAAAGUCGUAAUUUGUUGGUAGAUUGUUGUUCAAGCUUCACAGAAAUGCCGAAGAAUAAAGGAAAGGGAGGAAAGAACAGGAGGAGAGGAAAGAAUGAGAAUGAAAACGAGAAGAGAGAGUUGAUCUUCAAAGAGGAUGGACAAGAGUACGCUCAGGUCACCAAGAUGUUGGGAAACGGUCGAUUGGAUGCAAAAUGUUUUGAUGGAACGAAACGAUUAUGUCAUAUUCGAGGCAAACUGAGGAAAAAGGUAUGGAUUGGUCAGGGUGAUAUAGUGCUAGUCGGGCUGCGGGAGUUCCAAGAUGAAAAAGCAGAUGUGAUUCUAAAAUACACAGCUGACGAAGCGAGGAGUUUAAAAUCAUAUGGAGAAAUUCCGAUUGUUGCUCUGGACAAAUUGAAUGAAGAGGCCGACAACGUGCUAUUUCAAGAUCGCGACGAUGACUCUGGAGAAGACGAAGACAUCGAUCUCAAUGAUCUUUGAGAUGAGUUUGAGUUUGUUGAUUAUGGCAGAAUAUGGACAGCGUGAGAUGGACAGCUGUAUAAUCAUUGGCUUCUUGGACAUUUAUCCAGUGAUAACCAUAUGCUGACACGGAGCUCUUUUCCUUAGUAAGCCGAGUACGGGGUAAUAUUGUUUAAAGGGUGACUACAGACAGGAGCUAGGGGGUAAUAUUGAUGGUCUUGGUGUCGCAAGUACAAUUGUAUGUGCAGUUAGGGGCUGAGUUGUGUUUCAUUUAGUGAUAUCAAAUUCCUGGUGCCAGUGUGAACAGUUGUAUACUGCAGGAUGAGAGAGACCCCUAUUGGUGAUUUUGUAAUAAGUGCUUACCUGGCUGCUGCCUGACUCCCUUUUUAUGGCCAAUUAUACUUGGUUUACUUUGGAAAAGAGCUCUCAACCUGAAAACAAUAAUGUAAAUGUCCAAUCAAGAUGGUUUCUCACAAAGUAUAAAAGAUUUGAUAGAGUUGUCUUACAUAUAUUUGAGCAAACGGUCUGUUUCUCCAAGAUUUCUUUGAAUUAUCAGUUCAUUCUACGCGAAGUAGCAGUUAUAAUUUUCGCCUCCUCUGUAGACUGGGGGCAGCUUAUUUCUCAGUUGAUUCUUGAACUUGUACCUGACUUGAAUAAAUUGGUAUAAUCUGUCUCAGUGCAUCAGUUUAUAUGUAGCGUAGCUGUUUCAUUGUUCAUGCCUGAGGUAUGGCUGUGAGUAUUUGAAAAUACUUCUUGGACUGACGUUUGGCUGGUAUUAGGCCCCCUUAUUCUAGAUAGAAUCAAAAAUCCAUGAAAAUUUGUUCUGAAGUUUAGUUUUUGCUCUUAAGCCAAUAUUGUUGUACUCCUAAUUAGCUUAAUAAAUGUCAUUGAGGUUGCUCUCUGUCAUUUUGCACUAGCGUUUGGCUGAUAUUAGGCCACUUUACUCCCACUCUAGAUGGAAGAUUAAAAAUCGGAAGAUUUGUUCUGAAGUUUAGUUUAGUCUAAAGCCAAUAUUGUUGUACUCCUUGCUUAAUGAAUAUCAUUGAGGUUGCUCAAUGUCAUUUAGAAUAUGUUCUGUUGACUGGUUAAUAGCAAUACAGAAAACAAAAUUGGCAGAAACAUUGAAAGUCUGCAACAGUAAUUAGGACACAAUAGAAUUUCUGCCCAACAAAAUAGGCGAACGUUUUCAUCCAGCCUUGAGAUCCAAAUAAAUACACAAUGGUUAAUGUUGCAGCUCUUUUCUCCUCAAAUAACAUCAGCUUCUUUGAUGAGAGAAUUCUAUCGGAGCAAAUAAGUCGCUGGUGGCUCGAUUUCUAAAUGUCUCUUUUCAAACUAUUCUACAUGUGCUUGUACUGCAUGGAGUUGUUUUUGUCAAUAAGGUAUAGAGAGAUAGGGGAAAGUUUCAAGUGGUGCCGGUCAAUUUUUACAAUGUAGCACAAGGGAAUGGAAGAAGGGCUAACUGAAUUUUGAAAAAUCGUUGAGGUUGAGGGUCGAUGUGUUACACCGUUGCUCAUUUUCAAAACACAUGUAUAUAAAAUUUCAUUCUGAAUUGUCGUUUAUGUGUUUAAAUCUUUAUGGCUUUUUGCAUUUGGAAAGCUCUCCUCAAUUAGGCGACAUUGAUUAUCAAAUACAAAAACAAAUUGCAGGGCUCUCCUUACAAACAUCAAUCAUCUCAUGCAUGCAUCACUCACUAUACUAUGGUUAGCAUAUAAUUUCCAUAUGAUGACCAAAUGAAAAAAUUGAUUCGUCGUCCACAUUUUUGUUCUUUAGCAGUGAAAAGACAAUGUCUUUUGUUUAUCUGUUAAGGAAUUGAUACUGAACUGGAGCUUUUGGUUGUAUCACCAUACACCAGCAACUCAAAUUUGAUAUCUACUAGGCAUCCACCGAGAAUCUGCUUCCAAAAUAUUUGUAUCCCCACCCAAGAGGUUAUGGUUGCCUCACCAAAACCCCUGUGGUCAAAAUGAGGCUAGUUCAUAAUCCAUUACCAGAAGGAAACAUUGUAACCAAGGUGUUGUAACAAGAUGUUGUAAGAACUGCAUCCUAUCGACGAAAAAUAUGGCACCCUGCAAUCCAUGUGCCAUCCUACUCUGAAGCGGAAAAUAAAUAAUAUUUUCAUGGCCAUAUUUA